AUGUUUGUAUUCUGUUAUAUUUAUACUGUUUUGAGGCUCACUAGAUUUUUAGGGUUUCAACAAUCUGAACAAAUGGCGGAUGAGGCAGCUAAGGCUGGGAUCGUGAAAAAGAGAACGUUCAAGAAAUUCGCCUUCAGAGGAGUUGAUCUCGAUGCUCUUCUCGACAUGUCUACCGAUGAUCUUGUCAAGCUCUUCAGUUCCCGUAUUCGCAGAAGGUUCUCUAGAGGGUUGACGAGAAAGCCUAUGGCUUUGAUCAAGAAAUUGCGCAAAGCUAAAAGGGAUGCACCAGCUGGUGAGAAGCCAGAAGCAGUGAGAACCCAUCUAAGGAAUAUGAUUAUUGUGCCGGAAAUGAUUGGAAGCAUAAUUGGUGUAUACAAUGGAAAGACAUUUAACCAAGUGGAGAUCAAACCAGAGAUGAUUGGUCAUUACUUGGCUGAGUUUUCAAUCUCAUAUAAGCCGGUUAAACACGGUAGGCCUGGUGUUGGUGCCACCAAUUCCUCCAGGUUUAUACCUCUCAAGUGA